AUCCAAUCAUGGAUCUCGGAUGCUCCGACGAUCCUCAUACAGAACUCUAAUGUCCGCGCAGCCAAAGUACCGCGUUCAUCGGCUUGGAGUGGUUGAGUCAGAGCUCGGAGGCGAUGAGUUCAUAGUCGACCUCACUUGGUUCUUCGAGUCAGUACGAGGAAUUGCCAUUGGUCGAAGAGUGGUAUUUGCUGCCGGACCAAGAGGCAUGGAAGCAGGGACAAUGGGGCCGGGAACCCUUCUUUCUACAAGAGAAGAUUCAUGGCUUGGGCUAGGGCUCGUGGUAACCCAUGGAGCGGCUGUUGGUGCCAUAGCCGGCAUGCUCGACGACGGAAAUCGAGUACUUCCUGACGCCGAUGAAGAUGAGACCAAAGAACUCGGAAAAGACGAUUGAACAGCAGCUGGAGUCGCCCAUGGGGCUUGGACGGCUUCGGCUAGCGCGCCGCCCAAAGGAAUAUGUUGGACUACGACUCGUUUGCCCAGGACUUCUGCCUAAAGUUCCGGCCUAUUAGCACGCCUCAUUACAAGGUAUCGUGUCGACCAACGGGAGAAGCAAGCAUACCUCGUACAUCUUGAAAAGUCCCGAGUUUACCUUUGCCCAGCGGGGUACGCCGGUAGCGAUGUUAUACAGUUGGGAUGAAUGUUCAUGGAAAGGUCCGGUCUUGACCUCAUGAAUACGAGAUAUCGAUAGGAAGUAAAGAUUAGUCGGCGGAAGAGGACGUCGAAGAAUCGUGGUGACAGAUAUAUCAGACUCUAAUCAAAAG